CUUAUCGUUUUAGACUUCAGCAAUGAGCAGACCUACUUAAUUGUGAUAACAGAAAACAGGAUCACCUUUUAUCGUUACUGAUUUUGGAUCGCUAUAAUUCAGUGACUAGAGUGAAUGCAUUAUCAUCAAGAAAUUUGAUAACCAACUCUUUUACAACAAAUGCUUCGCUCAGUUGAAAAAGCAGCUAAUAUAGAUAAAACUCUAUGAUCCCUAUUUCAUAGUUUUUUUGCGGUCAAUCUUUCGUACCUCAGUACCUGGACAUAAUGUGUGUUGUUUAUCUAAUUAUUGAGGACGGAUAUUGAUUACACUUCUUAUCAUGAUGUGGACGGAUCAUUAUGUGUCCAGUCUUUUCGUAAUAUUUACUGUAAUGGACGGAAUGAGGUCUCAGAAUCCUUUCUUUGGUAUCGGUACAACAAAGAAUCCAACUGAAGUUCAAGAAAUAUCUGAUUGUCGAGAAAAUUGUGGAGAUAUAUGUUAUACUUGUGCAACAGCAACGUGUAAAGAUGAUGAUGAUGUAUGCCAGCGCAUGUGUAUUACAGACUUCCGGUCGUGUUAUGAUGCUUGCGUCAGCGUUCCUAAGCCUGAACCGAUUCAAGUUGCACCACCAGAUGUUUUCUUCUUUCAACAGCGAAAUUUGAUGAAAAACACAUAAAUUAUGCAAUGCCAUUAAAAAUAAUAAAUCGUUCAAUGCAACCAA